CCCAACUGUUGAAGGAAGCUCCAAAUUCCAUACCCACCCACAUCUUCUCUACCCACUCACUAUGACAUGACGACAACAUUCCUUUCCUUGUAAACCAUCAUCAACUCACGUCGAAAUCGAAAUCGACAGCAACGAUGGCUCCAGGUACAGCUCAACAGUCGCAACAGCGGCAGUUUGUGCAUCCAACUGCUAGUCAUGCCAAGAAAAAAGCUCCAAGCGCAUAUUCUAUGCAACCGAUUUCCGCCUUCUACUGGUUCUUCGGUGCCGCUCUCGUAUCCGCCUGGUUCGCUCCGAUUCAAGAUUGCGAUGAGACGUUCAAUUACUGGGAGCCGACUCACUACUUGUCUCAUGGCUAUGGUCUUCAGACGUGGGAAUAUUCUCCAGACUAUGCUAUCCGCAGUUGGCUCUACAUCGUCUUCCACGCUAUUAUCGGAAAUGUGCGCCGAAUAUUUCCUCACUCGAACAAGGUUGCCGAAUUCUACUUUGUGCGGUUUGGGCUAGCUUUUGUGUGCGCCAUCACUCAGACGAUCCUUUUCAUGGUCACCAGCACCACACUCAACAGCCGUAUCGGCCUUUUCUUCCUCAUCGCAACUGUUGCUAGCCCCGGAAACUUCCAUGCAAGCACUGCCUACCUUCCAUCGAGCUUUGCAAUGUACCUGGUCACAGUCGGAGCUGCAGCUUUUAUGAAUUGGCGAGGUGGUCUCAAGACUUCUCAGGGCAUGUUUUGGUUUGCUGCUGCUGGAAUUCUAGGAUGGCCCUUUGCUGCUGCGCUUUGCGCGCCGUUCAUGCUCGAAGAGCUCAUCCUGCUUGUAUUUGGUGACAAGACAGCGUUGUGGGAAGCAUUUGUUCGCAUUGGCCGCGGUGUAGUUUCUGCAAUCUUGCUUCUUGCCGGUGACUACUUUGUCAACCUCUUCUUCUAUAAGAAGCCAGUUUCUGUGACAUGGAACAUUGUCAAGUAUAACAUCUUCUCAUCAAACCAUGGCCCAGAGCUAUAUGGAACAGAACCUUGGACAUUCUACUUCAAAAAUCUGGCGUUGAACUUCAAUCUCUGGUUUGUUCUGGCUCUUGCUGCUCUGCCUCUCUUCAUACUCCAGAAGAUCAUUUCACCAUCUGGCCAAGGGUUUCAAACGGGGUUGAGAACCGUUGUGUUUCUCUCCCCCUUCUACAUGUGGCUGGCUAUCUUCAGCGCACAGCCUCACAAGGAGGAAAGGUUCAUGUAUCCGGCCUAUCCUUUCCUUGCGCUCAACGCAGCCAUUUCUCUUCACAUGAUUUUGACUGCUUUAGGCAACUCUGAUCCUAAGACGCUUGUUGGAAAGAUUCCUGCCAAGCUGAAGCUCCUGGUUGUCACUCUCACUAUGAUUCUGUCUAUCGAUGUCGCCAUUUUCCGAGUCUACGGUAUCUGGUCCGCUUACUCCGGACCUAUGAAGAUUUAUUCUCCCCUUUGGGAGGGCACAGACGGCAAAGAGCCCAUUGGUCGUGAGGAGGAUACCGUCUGCUUCGGAAAAGAGUGGUAUCGUUUCCCCUCAUCUUACUUUCUGCCUCGGGAUAUGCAUGCCAAGUUUGUCCGCUCCGAGUUUAGAGGUCUUCUGCCUGGUGAAUUCGCUGAAGCCGAGACUGGCUUCGGCUUUUGGAGCGGCACUUGGCUCCCUGCGGCGGGUAUGAAUGACCACAACGAGGAGGACUUGGGCAAGUACACUGAGCUCCCCGCGUGCGCAUUCUUGGUCGACACUCAAUUCCCAGAGAGAAACGACCCUCUGCCGCCAAAUGAACCCGACUACAUUGCAGACGAGAAGAACUGGGAAAUUGUCAAGUGCGAGCCUUUCCUUGACGCUGCCAAGACACACAUGCUCGCAAGGACCCUUUGGGUUCCGGAUGCGUCAUUCAUCCCGGACAAGUUCAAGAGAAAAUGGGGCAGGCACUGUUUGUUGCAGCGAAAGAAGGCUGCUGAGCCUGCUACCGCCAAAUAGAAAGCUUCAAUAUUUUGCGAGCGAGCGACUGCGUUGAUAGCAAAAAGAUAGAAAGUACUCAUCUGCCAGAUAGAUAGACCAGGUCCAAUAAAAUUGGAUAGUACUCAAACAGUAAUGCUCAUGCAUGCAGUGUGCGUCACAUCGCCUCAGGUCUUAUUCCUACCGCCUGCUGUGAUACUCU